UUUUAUUCUUCUCUAUAUAUUAAUCAUCCAAAGCUAAUCUCAUAAGAAAAAAGAAUCUGAUUCACCUAAUAUCUCUUGAGACGAAACCCUAGAUUUUAUCAAGCUCGAAAGAAGACGAAAUCAUGGCAGGAAUUGGACCCAUAACACAAGAUUGGGAGCCGGUGGUUAUCCGGAAGAAAGCCCCUAACUCCGCCGCCAAACGCGACGAGAAAACCGUCAACGCCGCUCGUCGAUCCGGCGCCGAUAUUGAAUCCGUUAGAAAAUACAAUGCUGGAACCAACAAGGCAGCAUCAAGCGGCACUUCUCUCAACACAAAGAGGCUUGAUGACGACACUGAGAACCUUGCUCAUGAGCGUGUGCCUACUGAGCUAAAGAAAGCCAUUAUGCAAGCCCGAACUGACAAGAAGCUUACACAGUCCCAGCUUGCUCAAAUCAUCAAUGAGAAGCCUCAAGUGAUCCAAGAGUACGAGUCUGGUAAGGCAAUCCCCAACCAGCAGAUCCUUUCUAAGCUUGAGAGAGCACUCGGAGCUAAACUCCGUGGUAAGAAGUGAUCAUCAAGUCCUCAAGACAAACAAAACUUAACCGCAGUUUCACUUUUCUUUAAGGACAGUGUGGUAAUAACAAUCAGUGCUUUGAUGUAAUGUCGUAACUUUUCAAAAGAAUAAUGUUUUCUCAUGUAAGAAAGAUAGACCGUUUGAAUGUUUGGUUGAUGAAACACUAAACAUAUUAUCAGUAUAAAAAGUUAAGUUUGGG